AUGUUAACUCGAUCAUCUGCAGCUUCACGUUCAUCUCCACCAACAAAUCAAGAAAUAGAAAAACGUCGACGAUCAACAAUAACAAAUAAUGACGAACAACAACAAAAUGAUAAUUCAUCCGCAUCAUCAUCAUCACAAGCUAAACCAUUGAAAAAACGUUGGUUAGCUCAUCAUCAUGAUGAUCAAGAACAACAAUUAAAUAAUACUAAUAAUAAUCUUUUAUCAAUAAAUAAUUUAAUUCGUGAAUAUAAUUUUCAAGAUUGGCAAACUAUAACAGUUCUUGUCCGAAUAGGAAAUAAUGAAUAUAUAUCCGGUACAAUAAUUGAUAUUCCAAAAAAUGGUUAUUUAACUGUUGUACCAUCAAUACAAAAUAAUAAUAAUUUAUAUCCAAAUCAAAUUCAAAUAAAUUUAUUUGAAAAUCUUUUUGGUAUUAUAUCUGAUAAUGCACCCCCAAUAAGAGAAUUAAUUCCAGGUAAACAUGUUUUAUGUCGUCGACAACAAACACAAUGCGAUUCAAAUAUGAAAUAUUCAAUAUAUCAACCAGGAAUUAUUUUGGAAAAAACUGAUGAUGCGAAAUUUAAUAUUUUAUUUGAUAAUCAACAAGAUACAUUAUGUGUACCAAGACAAUCAAUUAGAUUGUUUUUACCACCAUGGCAUGAUGAAAUUCCUGUUGAUUGGAAUUCAGCACUUGAUGCAACAUAUACAUUUAAAUCUAAUAAUACAUCUGAUAUUAAUCAACGACAAGGUUAUUAUGGAAGUCCAUCUCCACGUGAAUCAUCUGUAUCAUCAAAUGAUAGUUUACAUUCAGUUUUAAAUGAAUCAGUUAAAGUCACAUCAAAUGAUUGUUUAAUAAAAGAACCAACAUCAACAGUUAAUUCAAAUUCAUCAUUAAAUAAUCUUAAUACAACUAAUGAAAUUCCAACAACAAUCUAUAAUCAAAUUGUUUAUCGAAAAGGUGAUGUUAUGACAUCAACACAAUCACAAAUACGAAAAAAAUUUAAUGGUAAACAAUGGCGUCGUCUUUGUUCAAAAGAUGGUUGUCCAAAGGAAUCUCAACGGCGUGGUCUUUGUUCAAGACAUUUAUCACAAAAAGGAAGACAAGAACAUUGUGCACAAACAACAGUUAGUUUUGAUAGAAUUCAUUCCCAACCAUCAAUACUUCCUUUAACUACAAAUAAUUCAUCGAUUAAUCCACAUGGUUAUUAUUCAGCACCACAAUCACGAACAACAACACCACUUCUCUUUUCUCAACAAUCACCAAGAUUUAUAUUACCUAAUUCAUUUGAUAAUGAUGAUUUUCAUUCAAACGGUUAUUCAUCAGGUCCACGUUCAACAACAUCAGAUAUUUUGAAUAAUGACUCUUCACAAGUAAAUCCUAUUCGAACAGUUAAUUGGCCUGAACUUUUACCAAAAAUAACAAUUAAUAUUGAUCCAAAUCGUUUUCGAUCAAUAUCAACUGACGAAACAAGAGAUGAUGAAAAUAAUAAUUCAUCAAAUGGAGAUGAAAAUCCAAUGAAUGAAGAUGAUUUAGAUUUAAAUUCAAAUAAUAAAAAUGAAAAUGAAAAUGAAAAUUCUUCAUAUAACAAUAAUAAUAAUAAUAAUAAUAAUAAUAAUGAUGAUUAUCAUCAAACAUUAUCAAAUAAUCGUUCAUCAUUAAAAGAUAAACAUAUACGUCGUCCAAUGAAUUCUUUUAUGUUAUUUUCUCAAGAACAACGUGGAAAAAUUCAUUUAGCUAAUCCAAAUCGUGAUAAUAGAAAUGUUUCAAAAAUUUUAGGUGAAAAAUGGUAUUCAUUAUCAGCUAAUGAACAAGAACAAUAUCGUAUACGUGCUAAACAAUUAAGAAAUGAACAUUCAAAACAAAAUCCAUCAUUUAAAUGGACAAAUCAAGCGGCUAAAUUAAAUAAUUCAAAUAUUUUAUUUUCAAAUAAAGAUGAACAAGAACAAUGUAGAAGAUCAGCUAGAUUACAAUCACAAUCAAAUCAAGAAAAAAAUACUCCACUUUAUUGCGAUAGAUUACAAGCAUUCGCUCAAAUUUGUACAAAUAUGCCGAAAUUAACAGAAGAAUCAACACAAAGAUUUUCACCAAUAACAAAACCUUCAUCAGAUAAUACAUCAAUAUUAACAAAUCUUAUAACACCUGUUCCUAUUCAUGGAAAUUCAACUCCUAUAUCAACAAUAAAUACGAAUAUUAAUUCAAAUAAUGAAAUGGAUGUAUGUUCAAAUGGAAUGUUUCAAUUUCGUAAUACAGCAUUUCGUCUUCAUCCAUCUUAUUGUUCAAAUGAAAAUGAGAAAAAAAGUGAUUCAUUACCAAAUUCUCCACAUUUAAAACCGGAAAAUUCUUCUUCUUCAUCUUCAUCUUCAUCUUCAUCGGCAAUUUUAACUGAAAAUGAAACAUGUCGUACAAUUGUUUCAAUGUUACUUAAUCAACGUAAAACAAAUCAAAGUCUUGAACAACAUCUUAAACAAUUACAAUCAACAACAACAACAAAUCAUUCAAAUAAAGCUUCAACAUCUCAAUCACCAACUGAAUCGAACAGUAAUAAUGAUCAAUCGAAUUCUAAUCAAUCAUCAUUAUCAACUAAACGUUUUUCUCUUGAUGAACAUCAACAACGAAAUUUAUUUUUUCAAAAUUCUCAACAUCAUUUUUUAACACAUUCACUUAGUAAACAAAUCAAUUCUUCUUAUUUAAAUAAAAUAAAAUCUUUGUUUUUAGCAUCAUCAUCAUCUUUAUCAUCAAGUAAUUCAACAGGUUAUUCAAGUGGUUCAUCUUCAUCAACAUCUUCUCUUGAUAGUAGUAGUACAAUUUUAUCAGCAUAUAGUUCACGUUCAAAUAGUUCAUUAUCAGAACGAAGUAAAACAUCUCCAACACCAUUAAAACAAAUUUCAAUUCAGUAUUUACCAACAAUAAAUGAAUCAAAUAUUCAUUUACCAAUAACAACAGAUGAUGAAGUUACACAAUUAACAUCAUUUAAUGAAAAUAAAUAUCAAACAAAUAUUUUACCUAAACAACAAUCACCAAUACCAACAACAUCACAACAAUUAGAUACAAAUACUAAUAAAACAUUAACAAAACGAAGAAAAACUAUUACAUUAGAGUGUGGUCAACGUCCAACAACUCGAUCUCGAAGUAUUAGUGAACGUGGAUGUGCAACUAAUUGUAGUAGUAGUAAUGAUCUAUCACCAAUAAUAACACGUAAACGAAAAGCAUCAGUUAAUUGUGAACAAAAUGAAAGUGAAAUAAAACGUACAAAUAUUGAUUAUAUUAAAUAUUUAGAUGAAAUGAAAACUCAUUAUAUAAAAACAAGUACAAAUCGUCAAACAAACGCUACAAUAUGUUCAAAUAGUCAAAUAUUAAAUAAAAAUCAAUUAGCAUCAAGACUAAAAGUGAUUGAUUUUUUAAAAGAUCAUAUUUAUCCCACCGAUUCAGCAAUAUCAUCGUUUCAAUUAGAAAAUCAAGAUUUAUUUCCUAAAAAACGUUUAUUAAAUCAACGUAUACGGGAAAUUCGUCAAAAAUUGAUGAGUCAUGUUAAUCACCAACAACAACAACAACAACAACAUGAAAUUCUACAUGAACCAUCAUUAUAA